CCCUCAACACAUCAAACCAUCACCACCACACAAAGAAAAAAAGCCCAAAUCCUAAAGAGGAAACCACACCUAGAUCCUCUCCCUCUCUCUGAGAUCAUGGAUCUGCGCCUCUGAUUCCCCCAAUACGCCGUCGUUUCUCUUCUGAUGAUCCCUCCUUCCUGAUCUCCCCCAAUUUCAGCUUCUUGGUAGGUUGAUGGUUGGUUUAUCGAGGAGAAAACAAGAGAUAGCAGAACAAGUUUGAUAAGGAUGGCUUCUGUGGGUGUUGUACCUACAGCGGGUUUGAGAGAACCGAGUGGUCAUGCUGUUGGCGUGGAUAAAUUGCCCGAAGAGAUGAAUGACAUGAAAAUUAGGGACGACAAGGAAAUGGAAGCUACUGUUACUGUUGUUGAUGGUAAUGGAACAGAGACGGGCCAUAUAAUUGUGACAACCAUUGGUGGUAGAAAUGGUCAGCCAAAGCAGACAAUUAGUUACAUGGCUGAGCGUGUUGUUGGGCAUGGAUCAUUUGGAGUUGUGUUCCAAGCAAAGUGCUUAGAGACUGGUGAAACUGUUGCCAUAAAGAAGGUUCUACAAGACAAGAGGUACAAGAACCGUGAGCUGCAAACCAUGCGUCUUCUUGACCACCCAAAUGUUGUAUCUUUGAAGCAUUGCUUCUUUUCAACAACUGAAAAGGAUGAACUUUAUCUCAACCUGGUACUUGAGUAUGUCCCUGAAACAGUUCAUCGUGUGAUAAAACACUACAACAAGUUGAACCAACGGAUGCCUCUGAUAUAUGUUAAACUCUACACAUACCAGAUCUUUAGGGCAUUAUCCUACAUUCACCGCUGCAUUGGAGUCUGUCAUCGGGACAUUAAGCCUCAGAACCUUUUGGUGAAUCCACAUACCCACCAAGUAAAGUUGUGUGACUUUGGAAGUGCAAAAGUUUUGGUAAAAGGAGAGCCAAAUAUAUCUUACAUCUGCUCUAGAUACUAUAGAGCACCAGAACUCAUAUUUGGAGCAACCGAGUAUACUACAGCUAUUGAUGUCUGGUCUGUUGGAUGUGUUCUUGCUGAGCUAUUGCUCGGACAGCCUCUGUUUCCUGGAGAGAGUGGAGUUGACCAGCUUGUUGAGAUUAUCAAGGUAUUGGGCACUCCAACAAGGGAGGAAAUCAAAUGCAUGAACCCUAACUAUACAGAGUUCAAAUUCCCUCAAAUUAAAGCUCACCCAUGGCACAAGAUUUUCCACAAGCGUAUGCCUCCAGAGGCUGUUGACCUGGUUUCAAGACUAUUGCAAUACUCUCCUAACUUGCGGUGCACAGCUCUGGAUGCCUUGACCCAUCCCUUCUUUGAUGAACUUCGUGACCUGAACACCCGCCUGCCAAAUGGACGUUUCCUUCCACCUUUGUUCAACUUUAAAUCUCAUGAAUUGAAGGGGGUCCCUGCUGAGAUCUUGAUGAAAUUGGUCCCAGAGCAUGCAAGAAAGCAAGUCCCAUUUAUGACCUCUGAUUAGUGUGAAAUGUAAGAAACCGCAAGCUUGGUCCGAGAUAUGAAAGCUAUGUGUUAUCUUCGCCUGCUACCUAUUUCCAUUUUAUUUAAUGCAUAUCAAUGUAUGACCUUGUUAUGUAAAAGCAGAUUUAGAUGUAUUCUAUUUAAUCUCGGCUUGUCCAGACCUCCAGGGGUAUUAUCACUACCCUCCCUCUGUAUCAUUAAGAUUGUAUCAUCCCGUAGAAGACGAAUAUCGGCUCUAUCUAUAUGUUUAUUUGUAUCAGUGUUUCUAGUAAAGACAGAUGGAUGUCCUAGUGUUUGUAUUUUCAAUGUAUUGAGGUCAGUUUGGCAGAUAAAUUUAUUGAAAGGUAGCAUUGCUCCAAUGUUAGAAGG